AUGUCUCCAGCCGAGUAUGCAGAAGGCCGCUUGCCCCUGUGGGAAGCGAUUCCGCGCCUUCGUACGUUUGGCGCACGUGUUUUCGCUGCAGCGAGAUCCGCCGCAGCAUCCGGCUGGUCAGGGGGUUCCGUGGCUGCAGGCCUGUGGAUACCGUCACUCAGUGCCGCUUGCCUCUUCCUCUACAACGGCCGUUGCUGGACGCGACUUGGCACGCAGUUCUGCCUCAAGCCGCCCUCCACAGGGAGCCGCGCCGACUCCGCGGCGUCGCUGCAGCAGGAGGCAGCAGCAAGGCGCGCUUCUGAGGCGCCUGCGCCCGCCGAGAUGAGGAACGUGGUGUUGCUGUAUCCGUGGGAUUUUCCUGCCGCGUCAGAGUGCUGCUCGCUGCUGCUGAUCCACGCGGAUACGGGGCAGUUUGUUCAUCCGCUGCAGCAGCAACAGAAGAUAAGCGGGUGUCAACGUGAGGCGGGCUGCGCCAGCUGCGACGACGCAUCCCCAGGUGCCGGCCUUGGGGUGUACGUACACCUGAGGAAAUGGGGAGUCAAGGUGCGCUCCGCACCGGCGGCUGCUGCCGCUCUUCCGGCCUUGUCGGUGUCUGCGGACGUCCUUAAAAGCCUCGAAGGCGAUGCAGCCGUUGCCGCAGCAGCUCUGGCCGUGCCGAAGCGGCAGGAAGGGGCGGCUGCAGCAGCGGAGAGCGGCGGGAGCAACACCAUUCCCGUGUUUUCAUGCCCCGCAGAUGGUAGUGCAUUGGAGGCAGUCCUCUCGCUCCCGUUUGGGGAGGCCUCCUGCUCCUCAGCAGCAGCAGGGAAGGCUAAGGAGGAAGAGCGACUUGCGCUUGGAGAGGCGCUGUGCCUUUCUCCGCGAAACAAGCGAUCGCCCUCGACUGCAGCCGCGGCAGCCUCCGGAGAGCUGCUCCUGGCCGUGCAGUCCGCCCGUUCCUGUAAUUUGCUGCAAUGCACUGAGGCUUUUCGGCUAGAUACUGCCCCGUGA